AUGGCUGACUUCACCAUUGCGGUGGACCGAGAUGUGCACCUCCCUCCAGUUGACGAAUACGGUCCUGAAGACUGGAGGUCCGAGACCACUUCGAUCGCGUCCUCCCUGUAUAAAGGGUUUAUGGAGAAUGGCAGAAGAUAUCAAACUCUGAGAGAAUCGGAAUACUUCAGCCCCUCCGAUGAGCAGCAAUUCGAGACCUAUGAAGUGGGGCACAUCGCGUGUCUUCUUAUGAACUCCGAUGAGCCUAACCCACUGUAUCUGGCGCCACUUUCUUCGCCGAAGAAUGUACUCGACAUAGGCACAGGGCACGGCUCAUGGGCCAUUGAUAUGGCUGAUAUGCACCCCGCGGCCGUUGUCCGGGGAGUUGAUCUUUUCCCACCCCCUGUCAAUUGGAUCCCACCAAACUGCAUUCUGGAAGUGGACGAUGUAUUGCAGCCAUGGACCUGGCGUGAAAAAUUCGACCUGAUUCACCUUCGCCAUGGCAUCGGAGCAUUCACGUCUGAAGAAUGGGAUAAUCUUUACAAGCAAUGUUAUGAUAAUCUCGAACCCGGUGGCUGGUUCGAGCAAAUUGAAAUGGACAUUCGCUGUAGGUGUGACGACGACAGCAUCCCCGCGGAUAACGUUCUUUUCACCUGGGGACCUAGAUUUUUCACCGCCGGGGCGAAACUGGGAAAGUCUCUCGACAUUACGAAAACAAUGCGCUCGUCAAUCGAGAAGGCCGGCUUUGUUGAAAUUCACGAGAAAACCUCCAAGUGGCCUAUUGGCCCUUGGCCGAAGCUGAAGACAUUGAAAGAGGCCGGCAUGAUCAACCUCCAACACUGGCUGGCCGGCAUGGAGGGCUACUCGAUGUAUCUGCUCACCAAGUAUGGAGACCCGGAGCCCUGGACUAGGGAGGAAGUCCUAGUAUAUGUUGCUCAGAUGCGGAAAGCAUUGACAAACCCUCGUUUCCACACUUAUCAGCGAGCGAAGAGAAUCUGGGCCAGGAAACCAUUUCCGGAGGAGGUGGUCGUGAAACAAGAACCCCAGGAUUGA